AUGUGUCCACGUUGGGCAGCGGCAGGCGAGUGCGACAAGAACGUCGCUUUCAUGCGGUCCAACUGCCCGGGCGCGUGCGUGGACGUUGCCUCGGCCGACAACUGCGCAGUCUGGGAGGCGGCGGGCGAGUGCACGCGCAAUCCCUUCUUCAUGCACAAGCGUUGCAAACGCACCUGCGGAGUCGCGGCGCUGCCCCGCGGGAAACUUACGAGCGAGAAGGGGGGUGCUGCCGCCCAGGCAGCGCGGCGGCGGCUGCAGGCCGAGGCGUCCGGCCGAACGGGCGGGGGCACGGCUGCGGCCGCGCAGUCGUCAGGCCUAGGGUGCGACGACAAGGACCAGCGGUGUCCGAUGUGGGCGAGGGCGGACGAGUGCAAUCGCAACCCCGAAUUUAUGCACAAGCGAUGCGCCCGCUCGUGCAAUAUGUGCCGCGUACGACUCUCGGCCUCGCGCCGGGCGGAUAGCGAGCUCUGA